CAUUAACACAAACCACAUUUCAACAAUGCCCGCCGCCACCAACGACCACAUCCUCACCCUGUCAUGCCCUGACAAGCCGGGCAUUGUUCACGCCGUCACGGGCGUGUUCGCCCAGCAGGGCCACAACAUUCUCGACCUCCAGCAAUUCUCGGACCCCGUCUCGGAAAAAUUCUUCAUGCGCGUGCACUUUGGCCCUACGCCCACGCCCUCGACCGAGCAUCUCAUCGAGCCCUUCAAUAAGCUUGCGACCGACUACCAGAUGGAGUAUAAGAUCCGCCCUGUCGCGCAAAAGACACGGGUUCUGAUCAUGGUGUCCAAGAUCGGCCACUGCCUCAACGACCUCCUCUUCCGCGCCAAGACCGGCCAGCUCCCCAUCGACAUCCCCCUCAUCGUGUCCAACCACCCUACCUUUGAGCCGCUGGCCCAGUCGUACGGCAUCGAGUUCCACCACUUGCCCGUCACCAAGGACACCAAGGCCCAGCAGGAGUCGCAGGUCCUCGAGCUGGCAAAGCAGCACGGCAUCGAGCUGAUUGUGCUUGCCCGCUACAUGCAGGUUCUGUCGCCCACGCUCUGCGAGGCCAUGUCGGGCCGCAUCAUCAACAUCCACCACUCCUUCUUGCCAUCUUUCAAGGGCGCCAAGCCCUACCAUCAGGCGUACGAGAGGGGUGUCAAGAUUAUCGGUGCCACGGCGCACUUUGUCACGGCGGAUUUGGACGAAGGUCCCAUUAUCGAGCAGAGGGUCACCCGAGUUGAUCACGGUAUGGGACCGGAGAGGUUGGUGGAUGAGGGCUCCAACGUCGAGAGCCAGGUGUUGGCGGCCGCGGUCAAGUGGUAUGCCGAGCAGAGGCUGUUCCUCAACAACGGCAAGACCGUGGUCUUUUCUUAGGCGCCUGGAAGAGGGUGCUUGAGACUGUGUUGCGUUGUACAUAAUAAUGAUUGAAUACCCGUACAUACAAGCUCCCCCCAUUCCAAGUG